AUGAGUGAAUAAUAAACACCAAAUCGAGGGAGAUUUUUAUCACCUUAACAAGGAAAUUAACAAUCAAGAGUCAAUUCUGAGAGUCACGUUAUCAUUCCUAAUGACAAGAUGAAGAGAUCUAGUGCAGGGUCGAGUGUAAGAGUAAUUAAUUCAGUAAUCAAUGAUCUUAAUCCAUUAGCCUCCUGUUGCCAUGACACAAUCAGCUGUCGUAAAUCAGUUAGAGUAUUUCUAAAUGCCUAAUGGAUCCAUAUAGCCAAUGAUAACAUCAAGAAUAGUGCCCACACUCGUUAGACCCCAAUAAAGUAAUGAAUAUCGAGAUAAUUGUUAGCCAUUAUCAUUAAGUAAGAUGGAGAUGGGUCUGACUUGGAUAAGGUUAGUUAACUGUAAAUAGAAGUGGAGUAAUGGAAGGCAAGAUUCUUUGCUCUUUAAAUUACAAGCGGUGGCACAGGAUUGGAAGAACUAGUAUUUAAUGAAAAUAAACAUUUUAGACUGGAAUGUAUGAAAUGAGAUUAAAGAUACUGUCUGAUGAAAAUGGAAAGUUGUUAGCAUUAAUUAAACAACUUAUCAAUGAAAAUGAACAAAAAGACUUAGCAAUAGCUUAAAGAGAUAAUAAAAUUUAUUAACUUGAAUUAAAUUAACAUGAACAUGAUGCACUCCAAGAAUUGCUUAAGAAAAAACAAGAUGAAAACCUAGAAGUAAUAUUUAUUUGAAUUUUCAGUUAAGAGGAAAACUAUAAGGAUUGGAAGAACUUUUGAUAGAUGCAAGAAAAUAAGAAAUUGAAAACUUUGAAUUAUAAAGUAAGAUCAAGAAUUUAGAAAAUGAAUUGGCUAUGUGGAAAGACAAAUUCAAGUUGUCUGAGGAGGAUAGAAACAGAUUAUUAUAGGAAUUAAGAGAAUUGUUGGAAAGAAUGAAUCAAUUGAAUUUGGAUACUGUUAAGAGAGGUCAAUUAUCGACUAUGGAUUUGUUAGAAGAUGAGAAUAAGAAGUUGAGAGAUUAAAUUAAUUAAAUAUUAAAUGAUCUAGAUUAAUGGAGAAAGAAAGCUUUGACUUUAGAAUUAUAAGUAUUUGACCUCCAGGUUCAAGUGACUGAUUAAGAUAACAAUAAUAAGUUAUUGGUAAAAGAAAUCGAAAGAUUAAAUCAAUAACUAGCAUCAAAACAAUAAGAAAUAGAAAGGUUAAAGACUAAGUAAUAAAUAAUAAUAUAUUAGUCUUUAAUAAGCCGAGGAUCAUAUAAAAGAAUUGCAGGGGUUGAAACAACAAGUUUAAGAAAAAUAAAGAGUAAUUGAUGAAUUAAAAAGAAAAAAUGAUGAACAAGCCAAAUAAAUUCUAGAGAGUGAGAAGUUGAAAAAGCAAUUGGAUCAGAUUAGAGGUUACAAUACAGAUUUGCAAAAGCAAAAUGGUGUUUUGAAUUAUUAAAUUGAUCAAUUAAACAGAACACUUGAAAAUAAACAGUAAGCUUAUGAUAAACUAAAUAAUAAAUUAAAGUUUGUAGAAAACGAUAAUAACACUUUAAGAUAAUAGGUCUUGGAAAUAAAUGAAUUAUAAAUUGAAAAGUAAAGUUUGUUGUCAGAAUUGUCAUCAUUAGACAAAGAACUCAAAUUAAAGAGUGAACAAUUAGCUAAUGUUGAAAAGGAAUUAUAGAAUUUAUAAGAAAAAUUAUAAUAAUUGAGAAUUAUUGAAUUAGAAUUAAACAGAGCGAAGUCUUAAUUAGAUAUGAAAGACAGAGACAUUGCAGAAUUGAGAAAGCAAAUUAAAGAUUUGACUGUUAAAAACUUUGAAUUGGAAUAAAGAUUGAAAGAAUUGAUCUCUAAGGAGACAGAGUAUUUGAAGAUUUUCUAAUAAUGUGAAACUUAUAAAUCAUUGAAUGAUCAACUUAACUUAUAAUUAGCUUAAUUAGAAGCUGAAAAUUAAUAAUUAUAAUCCUAAGUUGAUGGAUUAGCAGAAUUACAAAGCUAAUUGAAGGUGUUACAAUAAAAGUAUGAAUAGACACUUAAAAUUAAUUCUGAUUUAAGUUCAAGAAAUUAAUAAUUAUAAUAAUAAUUAUAGAACAUCUAAUAAUAGAAGAAUGUGAAUAAUUUAAGAGAUAAUUAAAUUAAUAUCGAAUUAUAAAGAAAUAACACUCUAUUAAAUUAAAAAUCUUAAUAAAUAGAAGAUUUGAGAUUGAAAUUGGCUAAAGCUGAAUAAUAAAUUGAUACUCUCAAUAAUUAAUUGUAAAACAAGCAGUAAGAAUUAGAUAACUAAAUAGUGUUAAAUGCAAAAUUAUAAGACAGGAUCAAAGAAUUGGAAUCUGAAUUACUCAAUCUUAAAAAAACUGUUCAAAGCUUAUAAGACUAAAACAAUGCUCUUAAAAAUGAUCAUCAUUUGUAACUUUAAGAAUUGAGAGAAGAAAUUCUCCGCAAAUAAGAGGAAAUCAAAUCCCUUUAGAAAUUAGCUGAUUAGUACAAAGAGAAGUAUUUAGAAAACGAUCGCUAAUUAGCUGAUUUGAAAGGUCUUGAAAGAAAACUGAAUGAUGUUACAAUCUAAAAGAAUUAAUUGGCUGAUUUAAAUACAAAUUAUCAAGAUUAAAUAAGCAAAUUACAAAGUGAGAUUAGAUCAUUGUAAAUUAAGAUUCAAGAAACUCAUUUGUUUGAAGAUUAAAAUAAACAAUAUGAAGCAAUUAUUGAAAAGUUAAAAGCAGAAAACACACUAAAGAGCAAAGAAAUCACUGAACUUAAUAUCUAAUUGCCAACUUAUAUGUAACAAGUUUCUGAUUUAGAAAAGAAAUUAUUAAGAACGGAUCAAUAAUUCUAAAUUUAUAAGAAUGAGGUAGAAAGAUUGAGAUAAGAGAAACAAAACUUAUUAAAAGAGAUUGAAGAACUUAAGAGGAAGAAUAAAACUUUAGAAUAAAAAGUCAAUGAAUUGAAUCAUUUAUAAGAAUUGAUUCCUUAAUUAGAAUAAAAGGCUAAUAGGUUACAAAAUCAAGUAGACAAAUUGGCAAAAUAAAACUUAGAUUAUAAUGACUAAAUUAAUCUUUAAAAUGAGUAAUUGAGUUAACAAGAGUUAUAAAUUAGAACCUUAUUCCAAGUAAAAUCAAAUUUAUAAUAAUUGGAAUCUAAUUAUUCUUUGGUAGUGUAAUAAUUGAAUGAUUAAAGACUUUAAUCUGCAAAAUUAGAAUAAGCAUUUUUCAAUGAAUAAUAAUAGCAUUAGAAGACUGCUGACGAACUAAAAAAAGUGACUAAGGAAUUAGAUCAAUUGAAAAAUAAAAUAGAAUAAUAAGAGAAGUAUAUUAAAGAAUUAGAAGGAAAAAUAAUUAAAGAUAGAAUAUUAGAAUAGGAAUUAAAAGAAGCAGUGGGUUUCAACCUUACUUUGGAUACUAAACUCAAUCAAGUAAGAUAAGAAAAUGAGUCUUUGAAAAAUGAGAUUGCCUAAUUGAAAGAAGAAUUAGAGUAAUGGAAGGCGAAAUAUUUAUAAAAAGAUAAUGAGGUUAAGACAUUGUAAGUUUAUAAAGCUGAAGCCAUUUAGAUGAGAUUAAUUAAUGACGAAUUAACAGAUAAUUUCAAUAAAUUAACAAAAUAAUUGAAAGCAAUAACUUUAGAAAAGUAAAUAAUGGAAGAAGAAUUAUAGCAUCAGAUUGCAGAUUUGAAAUAGAGAAUUGCAGAAUUAGAAUAAUUGGUUGCUUAAAUUGAACCAUUAUAAACAUAAGUUAAUGAUUUAUAACAAUUAGUCAAUAAAUUGUAAGGUGAAAACAAAUAAUUAGCCAAAAAGUUAGGAGAAGCUUAGAGUAAAGUUAAAGAACUAGAAGGAAAAAUAGAGGCAUAUGAAGUAAUGGAAAAAGACUAUUAAAAAUUGUAAGCAAAUUAUGCCGAAAAGUAUUAAUAUUUGUCAUAAUUUUAGAGCUUAAGAUUUGAGAACAACAAAGGAAGAUUUAGAUAAAACAACUUUAUAAUUGGAUAAAGUGACAAAGGAGAAAGAAAAUCUAGAUAUGAGAAUAGCAAUGUUGGCUGCUGAAAUUGAGAGAUAAAAACAUUUAAAUAAAAAUAAAUAAGAAAAAAUAGAUGAACUAACUAAUUAAAAUACAGAUGUAUAAUUUAAUAUGUAUUUAACUAUAGUUAUCAAAUGUUGUUGCAUAACUUGAGCCAUUGGAUCCAGAAAAUACAAGAUUAUCAGAAUAAAUUUAAGAAAUGAAGAAGAAAGCAGAUCAAGAUUAAUUGGAUCUAAUGAAGAAGGAUGAUGAAAUUAAUAAGUUGAAUAAUGAGGUUUAUGGAUUGUAAAAUAAAGUUGCAUUACUUGGACCAGAAAUAGAAAGAGCUAAGCUGAAAUACAAUGGUGCUUAAAAUACAAUAAAGGAACUUGAAGAAAAGCUAUAAGAUUAUGAACAUUUAUAACAGGAACUUUAAAGUUUGGAUAAUGCCUUAAAUUAGGCUGAAGAGAAGGUGCAAAAUUUAGAGAAAGAAAACUCUACUCUUCAUUAGACUUUGACAGCCAAGUCAGAUGAAUUGAACUAAGCCAAAGCUAGGUAAUAUUAUUUAAUAUAUUUAGUGUUAAUGAUCUUUAAAACUAGUUAAAUUUGGUUAAUGAAUAAUUGAUAAAUCAAUAACAAUUAGAGAAUGAAUUGCAAUAGAGAGAUCAUGAAAAUUAAUAAUUGAAGGAAAAGAUUGGAUAAUUAUAAUAAUAAAUUGAAUAAUUGGAAUAGAUUAAGGUAACAAAGAUGUUAAUGCUAUUAGUAUGAUAAUGAGGGCAAGAUAGCUAUGUUGGCAACCUAGAUUGAAGCUUUGAAAUACAAAUACUAAGUUGCUGAAAAUAAAUUGAAAGAACAAGAUGAUAUAAUUGGAUAAUUAAAUGAUGAUUUGGAUAACUUUGACAAACACAUUUAAGAAUUGGAAAGUGAAAACCAAGAUUUAAAGGCUAAAAUGCAAUAGCAAUCAAUUAGAGCUUAUUGAUAUAUUG